AAAAAACAACAAAAAUCCCCCUAACAAAUUUCAUCCAGCUCUCGAGUCUUCUUCAGAACUCUUCUUCUUCUCCUCCUUUCGUCCCUCAUUCUUUCCCGCCAAUCGGGAGUGGCAUCUUCUCCCCCAAAACCUCAGGCAAUUCCGAAUAUUCCGACUCACCGGGUAAAAAUGGUAGCUCAUCGUUCAGUCGGAGGAAGAUUACAGAGGAAACCCCUCGGAGACUGCACAAACACCGUCUCUAGAACUUCCCAACAGUCGUCUUCUUCGACCGCUUCUCUCGUCAAAUUCGCGAAUCCGAGUCUCACUUCUUCUCUUAAGAGGUUAGUAGAUCAAACUAGGCUCAAGGAGAAAACCGAAGAUGCCAAUAAUUCAAAGGCUGGUGCCGGAAGCGCUUCCCUGCCUCUUUCCACGAGCGUUAUUCCCGUAACUCGCCGUUCGUCCGCCGAUCUGGAUUGUCCGGCCCCUACGCCUUCUCGUCCCUCAAAACCCAGCGAUGUUAAUAAGCCAGAGGCUGGUACCGGAAGCGCUUCCCGGUCUGUUGCCACGAGCGUUAGACCCGUAACUCGCCGUGUGUCUGCCGAUCUGGGUUUUCCGGCCCCUACGCCUUCUCGUCCCUCAAAACGCAAAGAUGUUAAUAAACCAGAGGCUGUUGCCGGAAACGCUUCCCGGCCUGUUGCCACGAACGUUAGACCCGUAACUCGCCGUAUGUCUGCCGAUCUGGAUUUUCCGGCCUCUGCGCCUACUCGUCCCCAGAAGUCGCGCUCUGUUGAGGGCGUUGGUGUCAAGGAGGUUGCUGAGCCUUACUCGGUUUACACGGUGAGAAGGAAGGCUUCUGGGAGAAAAAGGAGUAAAGACGAAUCUUCCUCUGGUGCAGUGACUCGCCUUCGUCUCGACUUGAUAUCAAGCUCUGGGAACAAAACAAAUCAAGCAGCAAAUAUAAACAAACCGAAGCCCUCGAAAAUGGCUCCCAGGAAGAGGCAGCGAACGGUCAAGAAUGAGGAAGAUAAUUUGGGUCAAGGAGUUUCUAAGGAUUAUAUCGAGCAGCAGAGAGCAUACUUUGCAGAGGUCGAUGCAUUUGAGCUGGCAGAAGAAGAGGUAUCUAGUAGCGACUUAGACUAAGUAAGAAGUGAUAACUAUCUUAAGGAUAUCAAUGACAUACCAUAACCCGUUCUUAUCACUGUAUAGCUAAGGAUGCUUCACUGAUCCCUUAAAACACAUGACAUGCCAACCUUUGUGUAUACAAAAGAUCUAUCAGUUUAUAAUAUAUGAUGACUUCUUUUUACUGGAAAGAGCGAACUUUCUUGGUUCUAGAUAGAUAUGAAAUGACAAAAAGCCAGUUUACAACACAAGCUUUAUAUAUAUAUACAUCUUACAAUUACAUUCACACAUCAAAGCAUUAUAAUACUCUUUCUGUUCAAUGAGGCAAAUCAGCUCAUAGUACGAGCAAACAACACAAUAGAUUAUCUUAUAUUCAAGCUUUGUUCAUGUCGCCGAUGAUGAGAGCUUUACCAGUGGAUCCAUGUCUAGGAACAGAGAAAAGAGCUCUCUUCAUGCUCUCCAUUGAAGAACUAAACCCUUUUCUUCCACCAUUGGAGUAACACAGAGUCGAGGUGGGCGACGAGCUAAGCUCGUGCUCUUUGUCACUAGCGUACAGAACCGAUGAUUUUGUACCAUGACUCACUGGUUUUCUCAAAGAAUGUGGCGGCGAGGAGGAAAAGGAGGAUGAAGAAGACGUAGACGACCAAGAAAACGAUGACCCAGAGACAUAGUUGCUCGUCUUCUUGCUACUGUUACUGUUCUUCCUGAGAUCAUAGAACAGAGACAUGGACAGGAUUCUAGUUAGUUUUGAUCUCACCUUGUUCUGUCUCUUUGGUGUUGACAAAAUCUCCGAGGAGUAAUACGACGGAGGCGGCGUGAGCGGCGGAGGAAGAGAGAAAUCGGAAAAGUGGUUGUGUUUCGGUGUGCCUGGCCUUGACUCCCAUACGAAUGGUACGGAGGCUCCUCCAUAGUAGGAUGAUCUCUCUUCUUUAUCUUCUUCUUGCUCCUCAUCGAUCGCAGAGAACUCCACCUCAUCUCCUAAUCUUCCUGACAUUUUUAUACAAACUCUCUUAUUUGUGUUGUAACCUCUUAUGCGUUUGAGUCGAAAUUUAAGUACGAACGACAGUGGAAACAAGAAGUGCCACAGAUUCGAAGGUACUUGAGAGGUGAUUAGUUCUCACACGUACACAAAAAUAAAGAGAGACAAAGGAGUGAUCUAAUUUAAAAAGACUCUUCUUUGCAUGGUUGUAACUUACAAGUGUGGAUAUUUAUCUUGUUCUUUUUUCUCAAUGAAACUAUUUUUGUUUUUUUAUAGGAAAAUAAUUCAUAUGGAUGAGCAUAUUACAUGUAAAAGAAAGAUAUUUCGAAAUAAUACAUAGGCCAAGAAAUGGUUAGAUAAUAAAUGAAAGGUGGCUAUCUUACUGUUGGACGUGUAUGCAUUACUAAAUGCUUUUCAUUAAUUACGAGAGAGUCGUGGGGAUCACAUUAUUGGUAAUAGUUAGUAAGUUUCAAAACUAUAGGCAUUGCUU